UCUUGCGCAUGCUCACUUCUGCAAGACAAGAGUCACCACCAGCAAAAGCAAAAGCGACAACACUGGACAGCAGAGAGAAGCAGCUCAUCUUCCUGUCAGCAAACCUCCUCUCCUAUGCAGAGUGUUUGUGAUGUCCAAAUUAGCAGCGAUUUCAGUUCAACGCAAUCAAGACAAAUUAAACCUCAUGCGGCCUCACUUGCAGCCACAGUUCUGUUCCCGCAGAGCACUUAGUAGCUCAGUCUGAAACCUAAAAGGCACGAACCAGCGUCGAGUCGAUUGCAAUGGACAACCUCAUAGACUUUGAUCUACCAUCUGAGGCGACAACUCUUCAUGAGGCGCGAGACAAUCUUCAGGGCCAUUCAGACAUACUCUCCCCACAGCACCUGUCCUCCUCAUUAUCUGAGCCAAUUGCACCCACCAACAACAGUUCGCAUCACCAUCAUGACGACGAAGAAGAAAACGAAAGCGAUGCAACAGGAUCUGCCGACAGUGAGAAUGACAUGGAUCCCCCCUCCACUAUGUGGGAACUGAGGCGGUCGUCAUCCUCAUCUGUUCACAGUAGUGAGGACGCUGAUGCCGAGGCCUUAGAGAAAAGGGAGUUCAUGAAGAUUUAUGUGGAGAAAGUGUUUCAUGGAAGGCAGGAUUUGGAUCAAGAAGAGAAAGCUCGUUUUGGAGAGCUAUGCACUGGCGAGAAUGGCAAAGGCAGGGAAUGGUUUGCGAAAUACGUCAGUGCACAGCGCUGCCACUCUAAAUGUGUGACCGAAGCUACUUUCUAUCGACUGGUGCAGUCAUUUGCGGUCGUGCUAUUUGAAUGUUUUCAAGUGGAUGACUACAGCCCAGCCAAAAACCUCAUGACUAUGUGCUUUACGUACUACUAUGUUGGAAAGUCCCAGCUGUCUCCUGCAGAACUCUUUGAUCGAGGUGGUCCUCCAGCUGGUCUGGACUCAUAUUUAAACAAGGCCAACUCCUGGCUCUCUGAUAAGAAGGGCGCUGCUGAGAGACUCCUGAAGAACUCAUCAAAGACUGAUGUCAAAAGCUUUUUUGGAGGUUUAGAAAGUAAACUGAGAAGCUCAAUCACUCCAAAGACAGAGGAUGGUGAAAAUCCAGUAGAGCCAAAAUCCAAAUCAACAGUUUCAGAGGCUCCAGAGGAAAAGAAGGGAGAAAAAGUUUACUUGUAUACCCAUCUGAAGCAGCAACCCAUCUGGCACACGUUGCGAUUUUGGAAUGCAGCAUUCUUUGACGCAGUUCAUUGCGAGAGGAAAAAGAGGUCGCCAACAACAAGGGGAACGCAAGAUGGGGAUAAAGAUAAGAGGGAGAAGUGGUGUCACAUGACCCAGGAGGAAAGAGACGACACCUCCAAAAUGGACGAGAACAUUGCCUUUGGCCAACUGGGGACAUUUACUCACAACAUGCUGGCAUUUGGGCUCAGUAAAAAACUGUGCAACGAUUUUCUGAAAAAGCAGGCUGUCAUCGGAAACCUGAAUAAAGAACAGUACAAGUUGCUAAGUGACCAUAUUGAGAAAAUGGCUACAGAGUGAGGGUCCGGACGACAUGCUGAAUUUCAAAGCCUCCAGUCUUCGCGUCGCAUGAGCCUCGCCUAAUCAAUGUCAAGUGGAAUGGCAAAACACAUGACUGUAUCAUAGCUGUAGCAAAGCCUAUCCGUCCAAUUUGGGUGUGCUCUUCUAAGCACAUCCUCCAUCAGCAAUAAUACAUCAUCAUCAGCUGUUGCCGCGUCAAUUUUGGCAGCAAAGCAACUAUUUGUCUAACCUGUAAGUUCUAUCUGCCUCUGUGUUGCAACUGUACCGCUCUCCAUAUGUGUAGUAUAUAGUGCAAUAACUUCUUGUCACUGGCUUCAUCUGCUACUAACAAUGACUGAGUAUCUUUUUCCUCUCAUGAGAGCGCAUUAUACUGUACUUCAUCGGAAACUGCUUUGACAAAAAAAAAAAAAAAAAAAAAAAAAAAAGGAGUAGAUCCAAGUGUCUGAGUAGCAUUUACAAUAGCGCAAAGAUUGUUCCGGAAAAACAUGCCUUUCACUCCAUCUCUGUCUCUUAAAAUAGCAUUUCGCUGAUCGUUGAUGACUGAAAAGGACAUCAAAGUUGCCUGGGGCUCAGGUCAUGGCCAAUCACAGAUCACCUGUUUUCUGGCUUUGGUCAUGUGAUGUCCGCAAGCUGUGCCGUGAGCCCUGAGCAACUGGGUUGUCAUUUUGUCAUUUUCAGUCAACAGCAAGUACUAAAAUGGCUGCCCCCUGAAACGGAUUAAAAUGGGUGGCUUUUGCUCUUUAAUUCAUAUUCCACAAACACAAUAUUAACCCUUUCAUGCACCAACAAUGAUAACCUGUAACCUGAUAACCUGUUAAGCCGUCCACUGUAGUCACCGCUGUCCCUGAAAGCUUUAAUCAGAAGGCCCUGUUGAGACUUGCUUUGAACAUAUCACUCUCAAGACAGUAUUAGCCUUCCCUUUUUAUUAAAUUAGAUACGGUAUAUGGAUCCAUUGCCAUGAGACUGUCACCUAUCUUAUUGCAUAAAGACUCUUCAAAUCCAUCGUCCAGUUUGUUACAUAAUCUCCGACUGCAUGUGUGCCACAUCAGUGAGAUCUGAGCAUUACAACAAUUGGCUUUCAGUUACGAGCUGAAACUCCACUGUCAUUGUAGAUGAUCGUUAUGUUGAAGGAGUUUUAGGGUUGCGCCUAUAUUUGUUUUCAACAAAUAUUUAAUUGUAUUACUUCAUAAAUAUACAGGUCAUGAGAGGAACUGUCACGAGCGAAUAUGUUUAGAAUUGAUUAUUCUAGUGAUUAUUCCAUCAAUUAAUCGAAUGAAAUUUUAUUUUGCAUGAAAGUGUAUUGCAAAACCAAGUAGUGAUUGAUAAUAAAUUGUUUUUUUAAAAAAUAUUGUUUAGUGAUUGUAAAAAAACAACAAAGAACACUUAAAUAUCAGACUAGAAGGAUUGAUAUACUCGCCAGCCUUUUUGCAAAUGUCUUUAUUUUGAUUAAACCGCACAGCUGAUUGGUCUGCUUUAUUGAAGGGCUACAGAAAUCUGUGAAUAUUUACUAUUGAGAGGCUGAAAUCUGAAGAUUUGGACAGUUUUAAGUGAAAGAAUAGCCCAAAACGAUAACUUGAUUAUCAAAAUAGUUGUCAGUUGAUUUGAUGAUUGAUUAGUUGUCGAUUAAACAUGAAUUUUGACGGCCAUAGUCUUGAGAGAAAGAUCAGGGCUGCCGGUGUCACUGUAGGUUUGUGAUGAUGCUGUGUCUUCGCAUGACUAUAUUCUUGUAAGAUGACAUUUUUCCUGAAAAUGUUUUUGAAAGUCUUUAUGCUAAAUAAAACCAACAGUCUCAGAAAAGAGUGAUUUAAAAUAAAUGAUGUCGUCUAAUUCUGCAAUUCUAUCAGCAAAAAUGAUCACUUAAAAGAUUUUCGUGAACAUAAAUACCCUCAUCUAUUUAAUUGAAUAUUUCUUACCUUAAAUUGGACAAACAAGUCUCGCUCAGGAUUGGUUUAGGAAGAGCAACUGAUAGCAUAAUUCUUCACUGCAAGCGCAAUUUGUGCUUUUAAAUGCUUGUUUCAUUUGAGUGUUGCAAAUCAUUUAAUGCAGUUAAAAUGAAGUCAUUCAGCAGAUUAGCAAGUCCUACAGUACGUUCUGUGAAGUAUUUCUCUAUAUUUGUACAUGUAUAAACAAUAAAUGUACUGGUGAUCCAUUAAUGUUGAUGAACCUGUCGUGUACUGAAAACAACCCAAAUCUGUUAUACAUCCUCAUUUCAAACGAUUGUGUAUUCAUGAAUAAACCUGUCUUUACGAGAUGUUGCACAUCCCCUUCAGAAUAUCCGUCAGCUUAUUUGCCAAAUUGCACUAUUUUGUAUGAUUUUUCAACUGUCACUUGCUGUGCUCCAAUGUUGGCCACUUUAAGGCUCGAAUAUCGGUUAGGUAACGUGUUGUUUAUUUGUGUUUGUUUUUUGUUUUUUCCUGGUGUGAGGUUGACCUCACCAUGUGGCAGCUUUAGGAUUUUUUUUUAACAACACCUAUUUUGCUGUUGUACACAAAAUGCAUGUUGAUAUCUUGUUUGAAACAUUUAUCUGUAUACCGUAGUCUAUCUGUACAGAAAAUGAUACUCUGCCUUUACUUUUGAUACCUGCUUCAGGUAUCCAGCCAGUUCCCCCUGGAUAAUAAUGCCUUUGUUCGACUCAUAGCAGUGCACCGACAUUCCUCACUCGUGGAUUGUGAAUAAAGGAAGCAUGUGCAGGGGUGAUUAUAAUGUGGCGCCACUUGUCGCACCACUUAAUAUUUUGCGGUCAGAGAAAUAAUUAAGAUAUCAAAGCAAGUACGCUUAUAUUUCAAAUAGUAGAAAUUCAUGAACUGGGCACUCAUAGCAAAGAACGCAAGGUUAAUAUUUCAAUUGACUGACAGUUGCAGCUCUCAGAAAUAUGUGAAUAUUGUUUGCUGAAUGUUUAUUUUAAAUGCAUGGACAAGUCAAUGUUAAAUCAAGAUGCUGUAAUAAAUGUAUUUUUCUGG